AUGUCCAACGGUCAUGUCAUAAAUACUAAACCUAGACCCAAGUUUGGACACCUUGACAACUCUGGACACAACAAUGGACACCUUGACAACUCUGGACACAACAAUGGACACCUUGACAACUCUGGACACAACAAUGGACACCUUGACAACUCUGGACACAACAAUGGACACCUUGACAACUCUGGACACAACAAUGGACACCUUGACAACUCUGUACACAACAAUGGACACCUUGACAACUCUGGACACAACAAUGGACACCUUGACAACUCUGGACACAACAAUGGACACCUUGACAACUCUGGACACAACAAUGGACACCUUGACAACUCUGGACACAACAAUGGACACCUUGACAACUCUGGACACAACAAUGGACACCUUGACAACUCUGUACACAACAAUGGGAUCCACCUUGACAACUCUGGAACAACAAUGGACACCUUGACAACUCUGUACACAACAAUGGACACCUUGACAACUCUGGACACAACAAUGGGCACCUUGACAACUCUGGACACAACAAUGGACACCUUGACAACUCUGGACACAACAAUGGACACCUUGACAACUCUGGACACAACAAUGGACACCUUGACAACUCUGGACACAACAAUGGACACCUUGACAACUCUGUACACAACAAUGGACACCUUGACAACUCUGGACACAACAAUGGACACCUUGACAACUAUGGACACAACAAUGACACCUUGA